AUGCCAAUUGAAUUUACUAAAUCAUCUCAAGACUUUGAGUCAUAUUUGAAAAGCAACAAGGUACUUGUCGCCAAUUUCACGGCAGCUUGGUGCGGACCAUGUCAACAAAUCAAACCUGUUGUCGACAAAGCAUAUGACACAUUUAGUAAUGUGGAAAUUGUAAGAGUUGACUUGGAUAGACAAGAGGAGCUUGCUCAUGGUACGGAAAAGACGAGAGUCUCAGGAGCCAAUGUGCAGCAGCUCUUGACUAAUCUCGAUACAUUCAAUGCUAAAGCUUCAGGAGCAACGAGAAAGGGAAACGGCAAAGCUGCUGCUGCGUCUUUACUAUUGAGCUCCAAAAGCUACAAAGAAAUAAGACCACUUAUACCUUCAGGAUUUGAGAUAUUGAAUAGCUCAAUUGAUUUUGGGUCAUUUGAAGCGUUGAAUGUGAAGUCUGUAUACAAGAACAAGGAAGUGAAACUGGUUUUCAAAGCUGGAGAAGAGGAAGAAAGAAAUGGAAAUGGAAAUGGAAAUGGAAAAGAGAAAGAUGCAACAAGCAGCACGGUUAUUUCAGAGUCAGAUUCCCAGAUCCUUUUUGCAUUUUCGUUGUUGAAUAUCUCAAAAAUUUAUUCGAUAUUGAUCAAAGUAAACCGCCACCCUAAAAGAGAAAACAUUGGUGUUGAUGAAGAUGAUUUGGACGAAAUACAACUCCCUAACAUGUUAAAAGUGUGGCCGAAUUUGCCAAAUAUACUAUCCUUUGAGGAUGCUACCGGUGAUUCGAAUGCACCGCAUCUGGAAUCUUUGCGCGUUGCUGAUAUUGGUGCUAAAGAUAAUAAUAAUAAUAAUAACAACAACAACAGCAACAGCAACAACAGCGGCAGCAGCAAUGAUGAUGAUGAUGAUGAUGAUGAAACUAAUGGUGAAUGGAUUGAAGCUAAAUUAAAAUAUGUUAAAUUUCAAAAUGUGCAAAGCUUAUGUUUAUUUUUUGAUGGUGAAGAUGAGGAUUACCACACAGUUAUUGAAAAGGUUUUGAUAAUUGGAGUCAAUGGAGAGUCCAAGGAACAAAAGACUCUUGGUCUGUUGGAACCUGAGGAGGAGUGA